GCCUCGCCUUUGGGGACAGAGCUGGCAAGCGCCAAGCUGGGGCCGCCGGAGCCGAGCCGGGAACCGCGUUUGCCCGGGCCGAGGCGGAAGCCGGAGCAUUUGGGGGACGGGACCGCGGGAACCCGGAAACGCCUGGGCCGCACCAGGCUCGCGGCGGCGAAGGCGGCUGGAGCCGGCGGCCCAGGGCGGCAAGGGUCGCGGGGGACCCAGCGGGCUGGCCAGCCUCGGGUGCCGGGCGGAGCUGAGUCGCCGCCCGGGGUGCGCGCAGCCGGUGGAGCUGCGCGGGAGGCAAAUGAAGAUAAAACAAUGUCUGCCAACCUAAAAUACCUUUCCUUGGGAAUUUUAGUCUUUCAGACUACCAGUUUGGUUCUCACAAUGCGUUAUUCUAGGACUUUAAAAGAGGAGGGUCCUCGUUAUUUAUCUUCUACAGCAGUGGUUGUUGCCGAACUUUUGAAAAUAAUGGCCUGCAUUUUAUUAGUCUACAAAGACAGCAAAUGUAGUCUAAGAGCACUGAAUCGAAUACUACAUGAUGAAAUACUUAAUAAACCAAUGGAAACGCUUAAACUUGCUAUUCCAUCAGGGAUAUAUACUCUUCAGAAUAAUUUACUCUAUGUGGCACUGUCAAAUCUGGAUGCAGCUACUUAUCAGGUCACAUAUCAGUUGAAAAUUCUUACAACAGCAUUAUUUUCUGUGUCUAUGCUUAGUAAAAAAUUAGGUGUGUACCAGUGGCUCUCCCUAGUAAUUUUGAUGACAGGAGUUGCUUUUGUACAGUGGCCCUCAGAUUCUCAAGAGCUUGAUCCUAAGGAACUUUCAGCUGGUUCUCAGUUUGUAGGUCUCAUGGCAGUUCUCACAGCAUGUUUUUCAAGUGGCUUUGCUGGAGUUUACUUUGAGAAAAUCUUAAAAGAAACCAAACAAUCAGUGUGGAUAAGAAAUAUUCAGCUUGGUUUCUUUGGGAGUAUAUUUGGAUUAAUGGGUGUAUACAUUUAUGAUGGAGAAUUGGUGUCAAAGAAUGGAUUUUUUCAGGGAUAUAACCGACUGACUUGGAUAGUUGUUAUUCUUCAGGCACUUGGAGGCCUUGUAAUAGCUGCUGUUAUUAAAUACGCAGAUAAUAUUUUAAAAGGAUUUGCAACCUCUUUAUCCAUAAUACUAUCAACACUGAUAUCCUAUUUUUGGCUACAAGAUUUUGUGCCAACCAGUGUCUUUUUCCUUGGAGCCAUCCUUGUAAUAACAGCUACUUUCCUAUAUGGUUAUGAUCCCAAACCUACAGGCAAUCCUACUAAAGCAUAGUCGUAUACUAUCUUUAACUGAUUUUUCACAAUGGUGCACUAGGAAUCUCAACAUUAAUCUUGCAUAGAGGACUUCUACAGACUCUCAGAAGAUAUCAUCAUGCUGAAUCUCAUUGUAUUGUUCAAAUGAUUUGAAAAUAUAAAAGUUUAAGGAUUAAAUGUGUAUAUGUUAAUGAAAUAGCUCUUACAUCUAGAAAUCAAAGCUUGAAAGUAUUUCCAGCUAUUAGAAUAAUUAUUGGAGAAAACUUGAAAUCUGAGUUUAAAAAGAUUUUACCUUUUGAUUGCUGCAGAAAUGUCCUAUGCACUCUUUGCAAGAGCACACAACAAAUGUCAGAUACAAUUUUUGCAAAUGAGAUCUAUUUAAUCUUAUUAAAUGUUUUUUAUCUUUUUCUGUAUAGAAAUAUCAAAUCACAUGGAAUAUUCAAAGUUUGAAAAUUAUAAUUAUAAUUGCUUAUAAAGCUGUGAAAAAACAGAAGUAUGAUUUGAAAAACAUUUUAAUGUAUCUGAGAUUUUUAUAUUUAUACAAAAGAUUACUAAAGAAAAGAUUGCUAAAUGUCAUUUGUUCAACUACAUAAAAAUUGAUAAAGUUAUGUCCUGGGUCUAAUUUAUGAGAGAAUAAAAUUCAUACUUAAAUUUAAUGUAGGGAAAUACACACAUCUAUUUCUCCAUCUACAUUUUAAGAUCCGUUUAGUGCUUUGAAACUGCUGAAAGCAAUCCAGUUGCUCCUGUGCUAGAUUGUAGCCUGAGACUUUUGCACUAAUUGAGUUUUGUUCUUAAUCUCUUAAUUGUGUUUCUUUUCUGUAAAUCAGAUAAAUCCUUAAUAUUUCUUUAAAUUAAAUUGCUGUAUGUGGUAAUUUCCAUUAAAGUUUCAAAAUGAAUUUAAAAGGAUUAAAUACUCAUUUAAUAAUUGAAAAUAAUUAUUAUUAUCUAAUAUCUCCACUUGGAGAAUUUUGAACUAUCAAA